AAACGGAAGGCUUUAAAAUUGAUACCAUGGGCACCUAUCACGGAAUGACUCUGAAGUCUGUAACGGAAGGUGCUUCAGCUCGAAAAACGCAAACCCCAGCAGCACAGCCUGUACCACGACCAGUUUCCCAAGCAAGACCACCUCCAAACCAGAAAAAAGGAUCUCGAACUCCCAUAAUCAUUAUUCCAGCAGCCACGACCUCUUUAAUAACGAUGCUUAAUGCAAAGGACCUUCUGCAAGAUCUGAAGUUUGUACCAUCAGAUGAAAAGAAGAAACAGGGCUGUCAACGAGAGAAUGAAACUCUAAUACAGAGAAGGAAGGACCAGAUGCAGCCUGGGGGAACUACAGUCAGCGUUACUGUACCUUAUCGAGUAGUAGACCAACCUCUGAAACUUAUGCCACAAGACUGGGAUCGUGUGGUGGCAGUAUUUGUACAGGGUCCUGCCUGGCAGUUCAAAGGCUGGCCUUGGCUCUUGCCUGAUGGAUCACCCGUUGAUAUAUUUGCAAAAAUUAAAGCUUUUCAUCUCAAAUAUGAUGAAGUACGUCUGGAUCCAAACGUCCAGAAAUGGGAUGUAACAGUGUUAGAACUAAGCUACCACAAAAGACACUUGGAUAGGCCAGUAUUUCUACGCUUCUGGGAAACUUUGGACAGGUAUAUGGUAAAGCACAAAUCUCACUUGAGAUUCUGAGUCCUUCAGCUGCCAUUUAUUUCCUGAAGCAUGGAUUGAGAAAAAUGAAAGAGGCUCCACUUUGGAGACCAGAGCUCACACUAUAUGAUAUGCCAAGAACUUUACAAAUGAAGAAGGGUCACAGUUUAAACUUUUUAUAAAAUCUUGUUUGGAUGCUUCAUGCUAUAGCAGGUUGAUACCUGUUGUUAUUCAGAAGCAAAGGGGUUUUGCUUAAAACUAUUUUUUUAAUGUUGUUAGCCUUCUAGUCUGCAAUCCAAAUUGUAUAUUUUGAUAGCAGCAGUUUCUUCUCUGUUUUGUUAAAUUAGCUACAUUUUUAAAUAAUGUGUUUUGUUCCUUAUUAGUAAAUAGAUUGAUCUUCACUGCAGGUUACAAAUGUGUGUGUGCACAUGUGCGCACGUGUGUGUGUAUGUAUGUGUGUGUCUAUGCAUAUAAUGUAUAAAAAAAUUCUAGACACACUUAAGCACGCACACGUAGAAGUUACAAGGAUUUCUAAACCACUUAGCUUCUGAGCUUAGUUUUGGUUUUCUUUGCAUAUUGUUUCACUUACUGAAAAUAUUUUGUCGUGAAUGAUACUACAUUUUAGUCAAUAGACUUGCAAACUGAGCAAAGUGAAAAUUGUUUUGGAUAAAUGAAAAUGUCAACCUGUAUAUGUAUAUUCUGUCAGUCUUUGUUGAAAAAGGGAAGAUGAAAAAUCUGGAAACACUUUUUUGGAUUUGUAAUGUCCCAGUUUACUAAAUCUUUAAGCUUUAUUAUAGGAAUACCUACAAGUCGUGUUAUCUUUAAAUUGCCAUUCUCCUCACAGGUCUCUUUAUUUAAACUGAAAGUGUGCAUGUGUACAUUCCCAUCUAUCAAAAUUCCUUUACGUAUGGAUCUAAAUGUUACCUAGAUUAAACAAUGAAUGGAGAAGGAGAGAGUUUGGUUUUUUUUUUUUCCUGAAACAGCCACCACAAAGAAUGAAUAAUUUCACCUUCUUUGCAUCUAUACUUCUAAUACCAUCUCUAAAUUUAAUCUCUCGGACAAAAGUAGUCCAGACUACGUCUGCAGGAUGUGUGAUUUUCAGAGAUGGGUAGCUGAUACGGCCUCCUAACAGUCCUGCGUUGGAACAGUAAAUGAGCCUACUCCAGUUACCAAAGAAAAGAUUUGCUUGUUCUGCAGUAUGUGUAUAACUGAGGCCAGAAGAACCUGCUAUUUGUACGGAUUAUUGGUAUCUCUUUAUGUAUUUAAUAACAUUAAGUUGAUGAUGCAUACCAGUGGGUAUAGAGAGUGACCAAUUACUGUAAUAUCUGCAUGAAUUUUUUUCUGGGAUAGAAAAUAGAUGUUUUUAUUCCUGUUCUUGAAAUUCCAAGCCAUGGGAUUUUUUUAAUAUACUUCACAUUUAAGAUUUGAUGAAAGUAAAAUGUUCUACCUAUUCUUCUUUAGUUUUGCUUUUUAUUUGAUGUUACCUUCAUUUUUAAUAAAACCAGAAGGCACAUCACCUUUAGAGGUUUUGAAAACUAUGUCUUAAGUUUGAGGACCAUGAGGUCUGACUUUCAAUUGCUUCCAUCUCUGCUAUAUUGAGACUAUUAUUUUUAAGU